GGGAUGGACACACUGCGCUUGCGCUUGUACAUAUACCCUCCUUCGGACUCGCCGAGUCUGAGCUGCGCUGCGUUGCGUUGCGGUCCGGUGCGGUUCGGUGCGUUCAGAAGCGACGCCGCUGGGGACCUGACUGGUUUCUCCAUUAAACACUGCAGCCGCACUGGUACCGCGCAAACCUUAUUCUUAAUUGUCAGCCGCACGCCUUUUAGCCCAACACGAGUGAAGCCAUGUCGAACAAGGAGGAAAAAACCGAGGAACAGAACCAGUCCAGUUGGAAAGAUUUUUUCUAUAAUCCGCGGAAUGGAGAGUUCAUGGGUCGGACAGCCAGCAGCUGGGCUCUCAUCCUCCUGUUCUACCUGGUGUUCUAUGGCUUCCUGGCUGGGAUGUUCAGCCUGACAAUGUGGAUCAUGCUGCAGACGCUGGAUGACCACACUCCACGGUACCGGGACCGAGUGGCCAAUCCAGGGCUGGUGAUCCGGCCCAAAUCCAUGGAGAUCGUCUUCAACCGGACAGUCCAGAGCAGCUACAAUCAGUAUGUCAAUAAUCUGGAGUCUUUCUUGCAGCAGUACAACGACACGGCGCAGGAGAAGAAUGAGGUGUGCCAGCUUGGUGAGUACUUUGAGCAGGACGCCGAGGAGGAGAAGAAGGUCUGCCAGUUCAAACGCAGCACGUUGAGACAGUGCUCGGGCCUGUCGGACACCAGCUUCGGCUACUCUGAAGGAAAACCCUGCAUCCUGGUCAAGAUGAAUAGGAUCAUUGGUUUGAAGCCACGAGGUGAUCCAUACAUUAACUGCACUGCAAAGAGAGACUCCGCAGUGCAGAUGCAGUAUUUCCCAGCAGAGGGCAGGUUCGAUAAGAUGUACUUCCCCUACUAUGGCAAGAAGGCUCACCCAAGCUACGUCCAGCCCCUGGUGGCGGUGAAGCUGCUCCUGACCAAGCAGGACUACAACACGGAGCUGGUGGUGGAGUGCAAGGUGGAAGGCAGCGACCUGCGCAACAACGACGACCGCGACAAGUUCCUGGGCCGCGUGACGUUCCGCAUGAAGGUCCUAGAGUAGAACCCAUCAGCAGGAGGUGCACACAAGCCACACACACACACACACACACAUACACACACACUGCCAGAGAACAGUCCCAUUCCCUCCUAGCCACCUGAACAAAGCCACAAUCGUCGUCAGGAUGGCGUGCCACAUUAGGGACCUGUAAAUAGGUGUGUCUGGUGCUGCCACUCGCUGUGAUCCUUACAAUUUUGUGACGUGCAACCUGUUGUAUCAGUGGUGUUUAUCUAUGUACAUAUUUAAUCGAUAUUUCUGACCAUUGGAAUAAAUCUAAGGAAUAAAUUAAGCAACAAUAUGAAUUAUUUAAAGAGAGAAAGAACUUUAAAAAACAGUUAUACUGGGCUGCCAUCUGAAGAAAAUGAUUUUUUAACUUCUGCAAAAUGUGGUUUGUGCAGAUGCCUUAAGACCUGUAUGGAAAUAGAACUUGUGAAAUAAAAAAAAAUCAAUUUUAAAAAAAAGCAA